GGGAGGGAGGGAGGGAGAGAGAGAGAGCCAGAGAGAGAGGAGCCAUGUAAACAUGUUUACCUGAAAAAUGGGGCUGCGACGUUAAGCUGGGAUUGAGGGGGGUGGCGGGGGGGGAAGCAAACACCUGGAUCUUUUAUUAUUUUCUAAAAAGGAAAACGAUGCGUUAGUGAAAAGGGGACUUUUUUUAAAAAAAAAGAAAACCAAACACUCUUUCCAUUCAGCAGGGAAACCGAUUCCUGAUUGUCGAGCCGAGCUGACAAGCUGCAGCAAAUGGCAACUUGUGCAGGUAGAAAUGGUGUUAGUUUCAGCCCCUCCGUCUGCUUCAUUCUCAUGGGAGAGAUUUAUUUACCAUGGUUGCAGUCAGGUUAUUUUCCUUUGUGUUUUAGACGAGUGUUUUUUGUUUGAACCCACCUUGAGAUUUUUUUUCGAGGGGGGGGAGGAAUUAUGAAUAGAGCAUCGGAAAUGGUCGAAAUCUAUCGAGUUACCAACUAUAAUAAUGUCGUAGAAACAAACUCGGAUACAGAUGAUGAAGACAAAUUACAUAUUGUGGAGGAUGAAAGUGUGACUGACGCAGCAGAUUGUGAUACAAAUGCACUGGAGGAUGACUUGCCAACAAAGCACACUGUGUUGCCAAGAAAAGAUGAUAAAGAGGACGAGAAUGAUGGAGACGAUUGGAAAGAAGAUGAAGAUGGAACGAAGGAAAAUGUAGACAACCUGGGGCCUGAAGCUAAGACACGCAAGACUGGUUGCACAGCUAAUGAAGAGGGCUGUGAUUCUGAUGGAGAUGAAGAGCAAAGCCAUGAUCCAAAUGUUCAAGAAUACCUUCAACAAGGAGGCACAGCUGUCAUUUAUCCAGAAGCACCAGAGGAGCAGCAUAGGCUCGGCACGCCAGAGGCUAGUGGGCAAGAAGAAAAUGGACCGCCUGAUGCUUUUGCUCAGCUGCUCACAUGUCCAUACUGUGACAGAGGAUACAAGCGCUUGACUUCACUAAAAGAGCAUAUUAAGUACCGCCAUGAAAAGAAUGAAGACAACUUCAGUUGCUCUCUUUGCAGCUACACUUUUGCCUACAGAACACAACUUGAUCGUCAUGUGGCUUCACAUAAGUCAGGACGAGACCAGCGCCAUGUUGUAACACAGACGAGUGGGAACCGGAAAUUCAAGUGCACUGAAUGUGGAAAAGCGUUUAAAUACAAGCAUCACCUAAAGGAGCACUUACGAAUCCACAGUGGAGAGAAGCCAUAUGAAUGCCCUAACUGCAAGAAACGUUUUUCCCACUCCGGCUCUUAUAGCUCACACAUCAGUAGUAAGAAGUGCAUUGGUCUCAUAUCACUUAAUGGUAGAGCACGUUCAGGAAUUAAAACCCCUCAAGGCACUUCGCCAUCACUCUCUCCAUCAACCAAUAGUCCUGCUAGAACACAACUUCGUAAUAAGCUGGAGAACAAUAAGCCUUUACAAGAACAACCCACCGUAAACCAAAUUAAAACUGAACCUGUGGAUUAUGAGUAUAAAACAAUGGUAGUGACCUCUGGCAUCAACUGUGCAAGCUCUUUCCAAAAUGUAGGGUUUAGUGGUGGGACCCCCCUCCAGGUCACGACAAACCCUUCUCAGGGUGUGGUUCAGGCUGUUGUUUUGCCAACUGUCGGCCUGGUCUCCCCUAUUAGUAUCAAUCUAAGUGACAUUCAGAAUGUUCUUAAGGUUGCAGUAUUAGAAAACAAUCAUGUCAAUCUUCCUUCCAAAGAACCAGGAACUGUCUCCUCAACAUCAGUACAGCAAAACAGUCAUUCUCUCAUUUCAUCAAUUAGUGUUCCCUUAAUUGAUCAGGAUGGAACAACCAAAAUCAUAAUCAACUACAGCUUAGAGCCAAGUCAACUCCAAGUGGUACCACAAAAUUUAAAAAAAGAGAUUCCCAAUCCUGCAGAAAAAUGUGUGAAUGAAAAGCCACCAGAAGACCUCUCAAUCAAAUCAGAAAAAACUGAGAUCAAUGAAGAACCAGUUAGUAAAACAUGCCUGCUUUGUAAUGAAUGUCCCGGUGGACUAAAUGCACUUCAUGAGCUAAAGCACUAUCAAUUAAAAAAUGAAGCCCAUUCAGCAGAAGAAGGCCCUGAAAAUCUACCUGGAGCUUCUGAGUCAACAGAUAAGAACAUCUCUUCAGAUAAAGAACCACUGAAGAAUCUGUUGUCACUCCUGAAGGCAUAUUACGCAUUAAAUGCACAGCCCACUUCAGAGGAACUGGCAAAGAUUUCAGUUGCUGUAAACCUACCAUUAGAAAAAGUGAAAAAAUGGUUUGAAAAGAUGCAAAAUGGUGAGAUUCCAGUCCCGCCAUCUUGUCCUUCGUCCCCUGUGCAGAGCAAAAAGGAGAGCAAGCCAGAUCAAUCUAUCAGUCAUGCCAAUACACCACAUACUAGCAAUCUACAAGGCGAUACAGCAAACUCAGAAACUCUUCAAAAAUUGACAGAUUCUCCAAUUACUUGCAAGCCCUUAAACAUGACAUCGGACCGCUCCAGGAAUAACACACCAUCACCACUGAAUCUGUCGUCUACGUCGUCUAGAAAUUCACAAAGCUAUAACACACCUGAUAGUACCCAGGAGGAUCUGCAGGAAGAACCGCUUGACCUUUCACUACCAAGACAGCAAAAAGAAGGAAUUGAGAGACCCCCAAUUACCAGUGUUUACCAUAGCAGUGUUCAUUAUGUCCAAGAGGAGCCUUUGAACUUAUCUUGCUUAAAGAAAGAACCACAAAAUGACAGUAUUAGUAAUAUUGAAGGAAACCCAACAAGUGCCAAGCCUAUAAAUAUUGAACUCCCUACAAUCACCACUCAACUGCCAACAGUUGUUGCGAUUUCAAACCCAAAUGGUGUCCCAUGCCUCAGAGCCCUGGCUACAAUCAAACAGGCCAGCUUCAUUCCACAAGUGGCCUAUACAUAUUCAACAAUCAAUUCCAAUGGGCCUGAAUCACAGGAGAAGCCAAACCAGUCUAAUGGAAAUCAUUCAGUGCUUUUGUUCCUGAAGGAGGAAAAGCCAGAGAUGAGCUCAGAAGUUGUGUCCAAUGCUGAUGACCAGAAUGAUUCAGACUCAACUCCUCCACGCAAGAAAAUCCGAAAAACAGAGAAUGGAAUGUAUGCCUGUGACUUGUGUGACAAAAUAUUCCAGAAGAGCAGCUCUCUUCUGAGGCACAAGUAUGAGCACACGGGUAAGCGACCACAUCAGUGUGGGAUUUGCAAGAAGGCAUUCAAACACAAACACCAUCUGAUUGAGCAUACAAGACUCCACUCGGGGGAGAAACCCUAUCAGUGCGAUAAGUGUGGCAAACGCUUUUCACAUUCAGGCUCCUACUCGCAGCACAUGAACCAUCGCUACUCGUACUGUAAGCGAGAAGCCGAAGAACGUGAGGGAACGGAACAAGAAGAGACUGGGCCUGAUUCACUGAACAACAGUGAGUACACAGACACCAGGACCUCUCCAUCCCACGUGGACUCUGAUGACAAAGACAGCAUCACGAGAGAAGAUGAAAGUGAAAAGGAGGAGGAAGAGAAGGACAGUGGUGAUGCGCAGGAAAACUGUGUCGAGGAAAUGAAAGACGAAUCUGAGGAGGAAGAAGGAGAAGAAGAAACAGAUGCAAAAAGAACAGAUCUAGUCAGUGAUAUGGAACCGGAAGAUACAAUAGAUAGCCAGAAGGAUUUGGAGGCUGACGAUACAAUAGAUAGCCAGAAGGAUUUGGAGGCUGACGAUACAAUAGAUAGCCAGAAGGAUUUGGAGGCUGACGAUACAAUAGAUAGCCAGAAGGAUUUGGAGGCUGACGAUACAAUAAAUAGCCAGAAGGAUUUGGAGGCUGACGAUACAAUAAAUAGCAAGAAGGAUUUGGAGGCUGACGAUACAAUAAAUAGCCAGAAGGAUUUGGAGGCUGAUGAUACAAUAAAUAGCAAGAAGGAUUUGGAGGGUGAAGAUACAAUAAAUAGCAAGAAAGAUUUGGAAGCUAACUCAGCAGAUGAAAAAAUGUAAUGAAAACUUGAUCAGGAAUAUAAUUUGGAGAAGAGAUGUUCCCAAUUAGUGUUGUACCAUGUAAAAAAAANUUCCAGAGACACAGUCUAUGUUGCUGUGUUUUCUCUUCACUACUGUGUAGAAACCCCGGUGUGCCUGAACCUCAACAAUUAGCAAUUUACCACAUGAACUGUCGAGAUAUUAGGAAUGAUGUUUGUAUUUUUUAAAAAAAAGCAAAAAAACAUUGCAAGUGGAAAAAUUUCAUAAACGUACUGACUGUCUUGAUUUAAAGGCAAACCAACAGGUUUUGAAAGAAUUUGCUACCAGUCAUUCUGCAUUAUCCGUUUACUUACACGUUGCUGUUCAUUUUGCCAUUCAAAAAUCCCAUUCACUUCAACACUGUAUAGUUGGGAGAGAUUUCUAUGAAAAUUUCUAUUGCAAAUGAAAGCAUGAAUUGUAGAUUUGUAUUGCUGCAACUCCUUGCUCAGUUGCUGAAUCUCAACAUUUCAUUGGUGAUGAAAGGAUGUGAAAGUUUCUGCACUACAGAAUUCCCUUUAUACUUGUAUCCAACAUACUCCUAAGUAUUAUUGUCUACCUUUAUCAAUAUCGCACUAGAAGGUAGUUAUUGGUAAUGAUAGUUGACCUUAUUUUAGAGUGUAAAUUCAUUUGAAGCAUAUUGUUAGCCUUAAGAAAGCAGCUACUAGAAAAAUAAGUCUCAGAAGGAUGUGAUAAGACUUAUAGUUAGAUGUAUAGGAGCCUGUUGCCACGUCUUCGAAGGAAGGACUAACAGUAUUAGUGUUGGAGAGAGAGAGGUUAGUAUUUUAGAAUAAUAAGUGUUAAGUAGGUAAAUGAGGAUUAUGGUAUGGAGCUUUGUAUCCCCCUGGCCUUAUGCAAGACCUGCGUGCUGCAAGUGCCAUUUACAAUACAGUAUUAUGGAAACGUGGCUCUAACCAGCCCUUAGCUUUGGUGCAAGUUAUUAACAGUGUUAGUUGAUUUUAUCAGUCAGUAUUAUUUUAAUUCAAAUUACGAUGUUAUCUUUUUAGUUCCUUAUGUUAUGUUUGUGCAAAUUUUGUACUGUAUGUCCUUGAACCUGGCAGUAUUAAUACCCUACUUACUGACACUUGUACCUUUUUAGUUUUAGAAAACUUUUAUAUUUAUGUCUUAUUUUUAUAUUUCUUUAUUGUUAUUUAUUACACAAUGUAGUGUAUAAUACUGUAGUUUGUAUUAAUACAAUAAUAUAUUUUAGUAAGAAAAAUGAUUUGGAACGUUGAUAAGAUUUCAAAGCGGAAAUACAAAUGGGUUCUCUUGCAAUGAGAUUUUGUUUUUAACAGUGUUAUGUAACAAUACUACUUGCCUUGGACUGUAGAAUUAGAGUAUCAAAUGGGAAUGUAUAUGUUUUACAUUCAGAAUCCAGUUAUUUGCCCUGCCUCACUUUUAAUACAUUGGGCUACUGAGUUUCAAAUAUAAUGUUACACAGCAUGGUAUUUUGCAUUUCUAUUUGCAAUUACUGUGUAACCAUGAAACGGUAUUAUUGUCCUCAAUGAGCCAAAUUACAAAGUCAUGCACAGUGUUGGGAACAACAUAAAAUGUUUUGCUUUGUGCCAAUCUGUUUCAGUAUUCCUCUACAUCUGAUACAAACCAGAAGUUUUUUUUUAAAUUGCCUAGUUACAUGAUAGUCAUUUUCUAGUUUUAUACCAAAUUCCCCAUCUCACAAUAAAAUGCAUCAACAAAUUGUCUGAAGUUGUGAUUUCACUGUUGUCCAUAUCCUUAUUAUUUCUAUUCCAAAGUUACCACAGACAUGAUGUUGCAUUUUGAAAGUCCACUGCAUCCUUGCAGUUUUUUUGCCUAAUUUGUAAUGUCUUGGAUUUAUGAUGAGCUCUGUCUGUCUCUUGUAAAAGCAGUCCCAAAAGUUGAUGCCAAUGUUGUAUUGUGUUGCAGAAUACACAGAUAUAAACUCUCCAUCCAUCACGUUGUUUGUCAGUUAUGGCCAACAAGCUCAAUUGAGACUUAGCAUAGGUGAUAUUAACCUGCAAACCCCAUGACACCAGCUAUCACAGAACAACGUUCUUCAAAUCGAGAAUCUGCUCAAUAAUAUACUGUUUUUCUCUUUUUGCAGUUUCUAUUCACUCCACCAGCUGCUGAUUCAGUGGUGUAACUUCAGCUGUUGAGUUGUCAUGGUCCAGUGUGCCUGAGAAAGCUAAGUGAUUACAUUUGUGAGUUAGAGAUGCUUUUGCAUAGGGUUCCACUCUGGUCUGGAUAGCCUGGAGAGUCAUGUGAAUAUGGAACGGACUAUCCCAGGACUUGAUUGAGGUGUUCACAAAUUGACAUAGAUACUGGGCAAAUAAUGAUAUUAAGAGAGAAGAUAAAGAAAAGGUGGAGAAAUGAAAUUACAAGAGUUGUCAUAGAUUUAAUAGUAAUGGAGGGAAAUCCCAAGUAAGGAAGUUUGAAUUGUUUCAGGAAAGCAAGUGCCUUCAGUUUAUUUUACGAUGGAACUAAGAGUAGGAUGACUGAGGGCAAAAUUGGACCAUUUUAUGGGUCUGCCCAGGUUUUCAGUCCUCCACCAAAGAUACUGUUAACACCAUUUGUGAUAAGGAUAACAGGAUAUUCACCAGUGACUUCUUACACACUAGGGUCAUCUUCCACCAACCAUACCAUGGUUUCCCAUGAAAUAACAAAUAAGAUUCUUAAGUGGAAGGUAACUUUCUGCAUUUAAUGGUCAGUUGGGAGCAAAGCAUUACAGACACUUGCUUUGAGACCGGUACCAGAGAAGGAUCCACCCUCUUUUAUUUCUCUCAACUAAAACAUGAUUAAACUGUUUAAGAUGGUAUUCGGGCAGUAUGGCUGGGGCCUGGCUGCCCACAUUUGGACUAAAGAACACCUAUUUUCACAUUGUCAUUUGGCUUUCUCACCAAACAUAUCUAAGGUUCAACUUUGAGGAUCAAAGGAAUCAGUACAUGGUAUUUAUCUCCUAUCUCCCAUCACUGGAUGGUUUCUGAAAUUCUUCUUGUGACUGCUUAUCCACCCUUUGAAUAUCUGUCCUUACUUAGGUGAUCACCUCAACAGAGAUAUUCAAUUAUUUGUCCAAAAUAUUCCUUGAAAAUUCCAGAAACUGUUAACUUAUAAUGACCAAUGAAGGUGCCUUGUUUUGGACUCAGUUGGACAUAGAUAAGAUGCUAAAUAGAUUAAGGAACUAAACCCAGAAUACAAUUGAGAGACAAGGCAAGGAAGCAAGGGCAAGAGAGUACAGGUUCAAGAAAUGUUUAGGAUAUGCCAAGAAGUAUUUUUAUUUUUCAAAAAAUUUGUUAUCCAGAGGAUAAUCAACAGGUAGAGCUGGUUACCAGGCAGGGGGAUUGAGACAAAACCAACUGAUCCAUUUAAGAAAGUACUAGAUUCUGUAAUGGGAGAAAGAUAGAGUGAGUAUCCUGGAAGGAUUCAGAACAAGUGAGCCAAACUUCACUUGUGACUGAUAUGAUCUUUGCACAGAGGAUCUCAAAUCUCACUAGGACAUUAUCUUGAUCUAAUGGUGGCCAUCACUUUGUAUGUCUGCAUCAGAAUGCUACAGUUAAACCUCUCCUGCCAAUGGUUUCCUCACAGCUUCUUGUGUCCUACUCAGCAAAUAUAUAGAGUCUUUUCUCUAGUUCUAAGGUGGUGGUCCCAAGAGAAUAUUGUUCUCAAAGGGCAUUAUUAGCUACCACUUCCUCGCUGGUUGUGAAAAUAGAUGUUUGUGUAUCAACAGUAAGGGUGUUACAUAUUCAGGAGAGAGUGUCAGGGUCUGUGAACGUCAGCAUUCCACAUGGCCAUGUCCACAUUACUUCCAUUUCUCUUGAAUUCUCAUGGUGAAGUAGACGCUUAUAGCGGGUGAUGUGGAGAUACCGAUUUGGGAGUUACAGUCUUACAAACGUACUGGGCUAGAGCAUUGCCAGAAUGAUCCCUCAGGUCCACAGAAAAGACUUUGCUCAGUUGUCAAGCUGGAUUGUUCAUCUAAAGUCAGGGAGUUGCUAGUUGAUUUAUAUCAAGUCAAAAAAAACUACUGUGCUAGUGAUGUGUAAGCCACCCAUAAACAACAUAUAAUUUGAAAUGAAAGAAGUUUGUGGCAUAGGAUUUGUCUAUCAAUUUGAUGCUCUUUUAUAUGAUGUGAUUCCUGUAGUACUUGCAGCACUUGGUUGACCUGAAGCUGUGGUUCAUUCCUUUUUCUUCUACGUAAAAUAUUAAUUGUGGGCAUGCCUGCAAAACAUUAUGUAGCUGGAACUAAAUUUUUGUAAAACUAGAAGACUGUCGGUAUCCAAUGGUUUUAGAACAGUAAAUUAAACCUCCAAGCAACGAUUGGCAAAAUAGUAGAAUACCCACUUAUUUUAUCAAGUAAAGGCUUUACUUUACAUGGAGUACGGCCAUAUAUUGUAAGCGUUAGACAUUAAUUUAAAACUUCAGGCUUCUACUCAGAGCAAUCUGCAUAUUGUAGAAAUUAUUACUGCUUAUAUUUAGUGGGCACAGAUGAGGUGCAAUUAAAUAGGUCACAACUGGCAGGUGGAUUCCCUAAUGAUGCCUGAUAAAGACUGUCAACUUUCCUUUACUUGGUGCUUACAAAGUCCUAAGUAAACAGGCCACUGAGGCCAACCAGUCCAUGCUAGUUGUUUAUACUCCACACAAGUCUUUAUCCAUACUUGGUUUGUUGAGAAUGAAGAAAUUAAGAUUAUAUGCCUUGUAGGGUCUCUGUGCUUUGAAUGGAUGACCUCCUCCACAUGCAGAGGUCCCAAGCACCCAUAUCCUCACACCUCUUCAGAGAGCACAUCGAAUAAAGAUGAGAUGGAAAAGUCAAAUUGACCUGAAGAGCUAAACUCGUUUUUUAUAGCAUGGGAGUCUGACAGCUUACUGAUAAGUAUGCGUGGAGGCAUGUUAUAACUUCAUAACCCCCAAAUCAUGUUCCCAUUUAAAAUCCCUCAUUGUUUUAGUGCAGAUCUUAGACCAGUAGUGUUAAAGGUGUCUGAUAGCGCUAUAUUAAAUGCAAGGAUUGUUAUUUUUAUUAUCCAAACAAUAAAAAUGACCUGAUCAGUAAGCAAUCUUACUUACUUCAGGGCAAAAUAUGUCCCAGGCACUGAACCACGAUGCCUGAGUCUCCUAUUAGGUUAAAAUGAUCAGUAAUCAUCUGCCUGCCAACUGCCUGCUCCCUGGACUUCCUAAUGCUUUCCUCCACAAGGUGCAGAUUAUUCCAAACUUUGCAGCUCGUGUCAUUUCCAUAACCCUAACCCUAAUUGGUUCCGGGAACCUAUCUUGACCGGCUUCACUGGCUCCCCAUUCCUCAGAGA